AGGCGCGUGCAGUCCGUCUCGAGUGAAAGCGCAGAUGUAACGGACCUAAUCCAUUGUCUCUCUACAUUUGAUUUUUUAAAUUUCCUUACUCGCCUGAGUGGUUUAUCAUGGCAAUAAUACUAAACUGGAGCGAGAGCAAAAUGUUUUACACCAGAAGGAGGAGGAUCAAUAAAGAGGCAUAGGAAAAUGCGCAUCUAGCCCAUAUCUCAAGAUGCAUUUCCGUGGUCUCCAAUCCCCGUCUGCCUUCUGUUUAUUGAUCCUUGUCAUCACUGGUAUCAGCAAUGGUUUUGAAUGCAGUCCGGGUUGCGAUCCAAACAAUGGGUUCUGUGAAAAGCCAGGAGAAUGUAGAUGCAGACCAGGUUGGCAGGGUGCCACGUGCAACCAGUGCGUACCCUUUCCCGGCUGCCGCCACGGGUCGUGUGAGAAAGCUUGGCAGUGCGUCUGCGAGGAGGGUUGGGUGGGGAGUCAAUGUGACGUAGAUAUACACCCAUGCUCAUCCAAGCCUUGCUACAAUAAUUCUACAUGCACUGAGACCGGCGAGGGGGGUUACUUUUGCGUGUGUGCACGCGGUUAUACUGGGGACAAUUGCCACCUGAGGACAGGACCAUGUUUGACCAAUGGCUCUCCGUGCCAGAACGAGGGCACCUGCACCGACGACAACGGGCUGGCGGCCCACCCCUCCUGCCUCUGCCCCCCCGGGUUUUCCGGCGACUUCUGCGAGAUCGACGUGGACGACUGUGAACCCGGCCCCUGCGCCAACGGGGGCAGCUGCCUGGACCACGGGCCCUCCUACACCUGCCUGUGUCCUCCGGGGUUCACCGGCCCCACCUGUAACACCACCCUGCCGCCCUGCGCCGGCUACCCCUGCGCCAACGGCGGCACCUGCCUGAGCCGGGGCGACGGCACCGCGCACUGCCUCUGUCCGCCGGGCUUCACGGGGCCCGCCUGCGCCCGGCACCGGGCCAAACCCGCCCGGCCGGCGGGCAGGGAGGACGGUCACCACCCGCCCCGCUACAGCCUGCCGUCCCAUAUGUUCCACAAGUUAGCGCACCCCCCCGAGCGCAAGAUGCUGAAGAUCACCAUGAAGGAGGCGGCGCACGCCCCCGGCCCCCUGGUCACCCGCAGCCAGGUCAUCUGCUUCGCCGUCCUGGGCCUGCUCACCUGCCUGGUGGUCCUGGGCACCACGGGAAUCAUCUUCUUCAACCGCUGCGAGACGUGGAUGGCCAACGCCAAGUACACCCAGCUCGUCCGGCAGCAGAGGGACUACCUGUUGAGCAGCAGCAAUGGAGAGGAGCACUCGGUCAACAUCAUCCUACCUGAGAAAAUCAAGCUAACCAGCUAUGGAAACCACUACACGUCAAUCUAAAGGGCAAUGUCAGUCGCUUCACGGCCUCUAGGCAGUGUUGUAAUGGAAACACAAAGGCCCGCGGUUUGGAAAUGAUACGCUGUGAUCUGCGAUGGUGUGAUCUGAGUGGUUUAGCUAUAACCUCAAUAAUGCUUUUUGAUAAUGUCAUUGAAAUAGUGUGGGGAUUUAUGCUGUACACACUAAGAAUGAGCCCAAUAUCCCACAGGUUGUUUAGAUUGACCCUAUUUUUAUAUUUUUCUUUUACUUUGUGCCCAUUUGAUCCUACAUUGAGGUCACAACAAUAAAUAAUGCAUUUUCUUGCUGGUCAUGGUUACAGGUCUGAGAAUCCACUUUUCUUAUCCACUCUUGGCUCUGAGAGCAUACAAAAUAUUUCCUGCUUGUAAUGCUUUGUAAACUUUUGAAAGGGGACGGAUUGUUUCCUUUUAUAUAAUGCUUUAUUUUUCUCAGUGAAUAGACCCUAUUGUGAGGUAACUUCAUGACUGUACAAUAUGAAUGUAUUGAAUGUGAAAUGAAAUAUUUAUCCUCGAUGCCACAAGGUUCAGAUAUACUCACUAAUACAUUUAUUUUGUAUUAUGACAUUCAUUUCCAGGAAUCCACAUCUGCAGUACUCAAAUCCUCGAAAGCAGGGGUGUCAAACUGAAGUCCCAGGGGGCAGCAGUGUCUGCAGGUUUUUGUGGUUUCCUCACAAACAGCUGCCAAUUAAGGCCAAUUAAGGCCUUGAGAACAAGGCAUGUGGAUACUUUAACCAAUCAAUGACUUCAAUGAACCCAGAACACCCCAAAAACCAGCAGACACUACGGCCCUCCAGGACUGGAGUUUGACACCAGUGCUCUAAAGAAUAGGCCAGCAGUGUCUUUAUGCUGGAGACAAGUGCAGAGUGAUAAAAUAUGGUACAGUUGGUAAAUAAAUCUAUAAAUCAUUCAUGCAUAUUUCUACCCUGCAGGCCUAGAAAAAUAAUGACACAUGUCACUGUAUGUUUCUUCCAGUCUCUUUACUCUGCAGGCCUAGAAAAAUAAUGACACAUGUCACUGUAUGUUUUUUCCAGCCUUAGUAUAAUUUUGUAAUAUAAUUUUCCAUUUAAUAACUGAUCUUAUGACUUUCUGAGUGUCCUGACUGUUUUCUUGAACCACUAUAUUGCAUUUUUAGUUGUUGCUAAUUUGUAUUGUGUUUACAUUUAAAGUAGUCAAAUUCAGUACAAAUUUCAGUGCAAAGUUUAAAUAAAAUUAUUUCCACUCACGAAUAGUGGUAUUUCAAGAGUAGCCUGUGAAAUAUGAACAUUAGAGAUUAUAAAGAAAAAGAUUAACAUAUUGUGCUGUAUAUAUAUACGUAUAUUGAAGAUUGAAGAUUUUUAAAAAUGUACUUUAUUGAUGAAUGUAUGUCCUAUGUGUGUUAAUAUGAUGGAACUGUGUAUGACUGAUUAAAACCCUCUCAUGGUUACUGUA